UUUGCACAUUUUGUGGGCACUACUGUCUACUACUACUAUUACUAUUCCAACUUCAAACCUCAAAGUCUCAAACCUCUUUGCCGUUUCUCACGAAACCAAAAUAAGCUAUUUUCCGGAAAUCCCAUUUGAAGAUUACAACCUCUUAAAGACAAAAAAGAAAGAAAAGAAAAGAAAAGAAGAAGUUCAAAAUCAAUAAAACACCUUUAACUAGAGUGAGAGAGGCAUGGGUAAGAAUUUUUUUUUGAUUUUUGUGCAUCUGGGCCUCUCUCUCUCUAUCUCUGUGCGUCACCUUUGGUGAUCUGGGUUGUGCUGCAUUUGCCCAUUUCAUUUCUAGGCUAUACUUGUAGUUGUAGUUGAUCUGGGUUUUACUGUCAGAAGGAUUUUCUGAACUGGGUUUGACUUAGUUUUUUUGUUUAUUGGGGGGGUGUUAUGAGUGUAUUGAUAAUCAGGUUGUUGUAAAGUUAGGAAAUUUUGAUAGAUUGCUUUUGCCUGGUUCUUUUGAAUUGGGUUUUUCUGGAUUUUUUUUUUCAGGGAAUUUGACUCUGUAUAAUUAGUUUUGCCAUGCGGAAGAUAUUUCUGAUAUUGAAUUGUGGUAUGAAAUGAUCUGGUGAUGUAUGUUUUUAAGGAAAGAUUGGGCCUUUGGAUGUUGUCUAGUGUUAGAAUUUUGAUAAUGGAAUUAUAGUAGAGUAGUACAUUGUAUCUUGCCAAAGAUUCAUAGGAAGAUGUCUUCCACAACCCCUUCUCCAAAAUCCUCACCUUCUGCAAAUCCACCAACUUCCUCUGCUAACUCACCACCAACACCUACUUCCCCUUCUCCAUCAAAUUCUUCAGUAACUCAAUCUAAUCAAACUAACACCCCAUCACCUUCAAGUCCUACAACCCCUUCAGCCCCAGCUCCUCAGUCUCCUCCACCACCAGUCACUUCUGCUCCUCCCCCAUCCCCACCAGCUUCACCCCCACCAGCAGCAUCAACACCACCUCCAAAAUCAUCGCCACCACCUUCGCCACCAGCUUCCCCACCACCAGCAACUUCACCACCACCAUCAACAUCCCCACCACCAUCACCACCACCUUCACCUCCUGCAUCAUCACCCCCACCUUCUGCCCCUCCUCCAGCUGUGACUUCACCACCCCCUUCAAAAUCGUCACCACCACCACCACCAUCUAAAGGUUCGCCUCCGGCAUCAUCCCCACCUCCCCCUCCAGCUGUUUCACCUUCUCCUCCUCCUCCUCCAGCCAAUGUCCCAACAACGCCUUCCCCCAAUUCCCCACCUCCACCAGCAGCAAAGUCGCCAACACCUUCACCUCCAUCUCCUCCAUCAGAAUCUGCUCCUCCACCCUCCAACACAACAGUGCCAUCAACUCCUCCUUCAGCCCCCUCAUCCUCUCCUCCUCCUCCAAAUUCUUCCACGGCCACUCCAACAGCUGGAAAUCGUAGUAGUACCUCAGUUGUGCCGCCUCCCAACCUGCCUGCAAAUCCGACACCUACAAAUUCAGGUGGAUUAAACACGGGAGGAACUGUGGCAAUUGGUAUUGUAGUUGGGGUUGUAGUGAUUGGUCUUGCUCUGAUGGUUGUCUGGUUCUCACAGAAACGGAAGAAACGGAGAAUUGGAGGGAAUUAUGGCUACCCUCCUGCUCCUUCUCCAUUUGCCUCUUCCCAGAAUUCAGAUUCAUUAUUUCUAAAGCCCUAUUCUCCAUCUCCCUUGGUACGAGAUGGCUCUGGUAGUGAUUUUGUCUACUCACCAUCAGAGCCCAAUGGUGUAAACAAUUCAAGGUCAUGGUUCACUUAUGAAGAAUUAAUCCAGGCUACAAAUGGGUUUUCAAAACAGAAUCUUUUGGGUGAAGGUGGAUUUGGUUGUGUAUACAAAGGUUUCCUGCCAGAUGGAAGAGAAGUAGCUGUUAAGCAGCUAAAAAUUGGUGGUGGACAGGGGGAGCGUGAGUUCAGAGCAGAAGUCGAGAUAAUUAGCAGAAUACACCAUCGUCAUUUGGUUUCCCUAGUGGGAUACUGUAUAUCUCAGCAUCAAAGGUUACUUGUCUACGAAUUUGUCGCAAACGAUACUCUUCAUUAUCAUCUCCAUGGUGAGGGCAGACCAGUUAUGGAUUGGGCAACUCGACUGAAGGUUGCUGUUGGUUCAGCUCGUGGACUAGCUUACCUACAUGAAGACUGCCAUCCCCGCAUCAUUCACAGGGAUAUUAAAUCAUCAAACAUCCUUCUUGAUAGCAACUUUGAAGCUCGGGUUGCGGAUUUUGGGCUUGCAAAGUUAGCAUUGGAUACAAAUACUCAUGUAACCACACGUGUGAUGGGAACCUUUGGUUACAUGGCUCCAGAAUAUGCAACAAGUGGGAAGUUGACGGAAAAGUCUGAUGUUUAUUCCUUUGGGGUUGUGCUUUUGGAGCUGAUUACAGGCCGCAAACCUGUAGAUUCCUCUCAGCCACUGGGUGAUGAAAGCCUGGUUGAAUGGGCUCGACCAUUGCUUAUGCAAGCACUUGACAAGGAAGACUUUGACAUGUUGGUAGAUUCAAGGCUGGAAAAUAACUACGUUGGAAGUGAAAUGUUUCGGAUGAUUGAGGCAGCUGCAGCUUGUGUGCGUCACUCAGCUGCAAGAAGGCCAAAAAUGAGUCUGGUGGUGAGAGCUUUAGAGUCUGUAGAUGAAUUGUCAGAUCUCACCAAUGGAAUGAAACCUGGCCAAAGCGAAGCAUUUGACCCAGCACAACAAUCUGCACAAAUUAGGAUGUUUCGAAGGAUGGCUUUUGGUAGUCAAGAAUACAGUACAGAAUUCUUCAAUCAAACACACAGUAGCUGGAGGAGUAGAGAUAAUGGCAACCGGAAAAGUCCAUCAUCAGCAAAUUCAUCUGCUGUAUGGAGCAAUUGAGAUGCCUCCACAGCUUACCCUGGCAAACUUAGGUCGCACUAUACUUUCAAUUUAUACUCAGAAGGAGCGACUUUUCUCCCUCUUGGGAUGAGAUCUGACGCCCUAUGUUACUUUGGAACCAGGUCCUGCUGCUCGUUUCAUGUAAAUCUCAUGCAGAUUAUCAUUUCUACUUUAUUUUCUCGGCUAACAUGAUUUUGCCAGUAAGGGGGCCUUAUUUUUUAUUCUUUCAUAUAUAGAAACAUUGGUACAGCAUUUCAUUGUACUCUUUUUGUUGAUACUGAUACUAUAUUCUGUAAUUCGAUUGUGUCGAGUCCUGUAGUGACCAAUUGAAACAAAGAGUUUUCAAAACCCAAGUCAGUAUGAAUUGU